AUGGGCCAUCUCCUGAUCCACCAACACCACCAGUGUCUCCUUCUGAUCAUCACUCUGGCCUGUCAGUGUCCCUCAGUCACUGGGCUGUUUGAAUGGCUGAGGCAGACAGAGGCUCCUCCAGCUGCAGCAGCUCCACCACCAGCAACUGUAGCUCCAGCAAUUCUUGCAAAGGAUGCAAAGUUUGAAAUGGCUACUGUAGAUGAAAAGUUUCUGGCUGAGGCGAAGCAGAUGGAGCUCAGCCCGCUGGACAGCUGUCAUCACAGGGUGGUCGCCCGACUGAAGGCGAGCUGUGAAAGCCUCUCAGAGGAGCAGCUUGCAAAGCUCGGAGUGGUUCUGUUUAACUGCCAGGCGGAGAUUGAGGGCCGGCAGUCCUACACAUGUACAGAUGAGAUGUCUAUUAAAGAGUGCACAGCAGACAUGGACUCAGACACAUGGAAUGCUUACCACAUAGUGAGCAACCGAGCUCGCUCCGUUUGCUACGCAACUCGCCAGCAGCUCUUUCGGCGCAGAGCGGAGCACACGGUCAACGCCCUCAUCUCCACAGCCACCAGCCAGCUAGACGCCAUGAAGGAACUGAAGGAGGGCCAGCUGGAGUUGAGGGAACUGACGGCAGCCUCCUUGGACAAGCUGCUGGAGGGCCACAGUGCGCUGCAGGCCCAGCAGGGUAAACUGUAUGAAGGCCAGGGGCAAAUGGAGAGUUCGCUGAAGGACAACCUGGAGCGUCUGGGUCAGGAGAAGGCCCUCAUUGCCUCUGGGCAGGAGCUGGUAGCCCAGCUCAUUCAGGGCAUUACAAAUAGAAUGGAGAACGUGAGUGAGCAUCUGCAGAUUCAAGGCUCAGAGGUGCAGGACAACCACAAGGCGAUUGUGAAGGACCUCGCAGAUGUCAGGCACCAAGCUCAUGACAUCUACCAAAAAAUUGACCACAGUAUAGUGGAGUUUCUGCAGUACCAGGACCAGACCUCCCAGUACUACACUGACCUGAUGAACAAACUGGAGCGCAUGAACAGCACGCUGGGAGUCAUGCUGCACUACAUCGACAACAUGCAGAGCCGGAUGGAGGAGAGGCUUCACAUGAUCCAGGGAUACCUCAGCUGGGCAGGUUUGAGUCUGUCGGCCAUGUGGACGUGUAUUGCACAUACUGGCUACUUCGUGCUGUGUGCAGUGCUGCUGACGUUCCUGCGUUGUCCAGGUUUCUCUCGAGCGAUGCUGCUGCUCACCGUGCCUCUCAAUGCAGUGGCCGAGGUCAACCAGCUGCCAGUGCUGGAUCUCUGCAGCCUCAGCCUGCUGCUGCUCACUCUGUCUCUGGGUCACUGGUUUGUGAAUCAGUUGUGGGCGUGUUUCAAGAUCAGAGGAAAGCCAGCCGUCCCACUCCCGCUGCCUCCGGCUCCAUGUGACAUCGUGGAGCCGCAGAAGCAGCAUGUUUCAUCCUGCCACUCAUAUCCACCAUCCUCUACACCACAGAAAGAUGAAAAAGAUGGCUUCAUGGAGCAGGAUGACCUGCUGAAUCAGGAAAGCUUCAUAUCAGGCGACCUCGGCAUAUCAGCAGUGUCUCCCCUUCACAGGAAGCCGAUACCAGAGUCCAGGUUCAUGCCAGUAAUUGGCACACCCAGUCACUCCACCCCAAGGCUCAUACCACAGCCAAUUCUGUCAUUGGCUCUGACUGAUGAUAUACCGCCCAGAAACCUGGGAGGAGUUUUUGAUGCAGUGAACGACUCCCGUGAUUUAAUGAAUGACUCAAGAAGUGCGAGUCCUACCCCAUCACUAGUUAGUAACAGCUCCCUGUCAGGACGUCAGCUGUGUAACGGAAUCACAAAAACAAGGAAGGCCUGUAAGAAGAGAGCCGUGCCGGGACAGGAGUACUGCAGAGUCCACGAAGGGGGGCACACCUCCUACAUUCAUUCCUGAAAAUGCUCAGCUUCCCUUCUCAGCUCGUUUAACUGUUUUCUUUGUUUUAGAGACUUUUAUGCAAAAGUGAACUGUUACUGUGUCUUUGUUGUUAAGCUCUGUCUGCUUUGCUAAACAGGCGCUGUGCUUGCAGAUUUUUUAAAUUGUACUUUUAUAUUCUUAUUUCCAUGUCUUAAAUGUUCAUUUUAAGUUAAUAAAUUAUUUCUUUAC